GCGUUUCCUGGCAGCAUGGCCCCCGAACGCCAGUCUCCGCUCCCGCCUCAGAAGAAGAAACCAAGACCGCUGGCUGCCCCGAAGCCAGAGGACACCUCGGCCUCUCUGAGCUUGCUGAAGAAGAAAGAAAAAGAGCAGCAGGAAGCAAUUGAACAUAUUGAUGAAGUACAAAAUGAAACAGACAGAUUUAAUGAACAAGCCAGUGAGGAGAUUUUGAAAGUAGAACAGAAAUAUAACAAACUCCGCCAACCAUUUUAGAAGAGGUCAGAGUUGAUCGCCAAAAUCCCAAAUUUUUGGGUAACAACAUUCGUUAACCAUCCACAAGUGUCCGCACUGUUUGGGGAGGAGGACGAAGAGGCACUGCAUUAUUUGACCAGAGUUGAAGUGACAGAAUUUGAAGAUAUUAAAUCAGGUUACAUUUAUUUUGAUGAAAAUCCUUACUUCGAAAAUAAAGUUCUCUCCAAAGAAUUUCAUCUGAAUGAGAGUGGUGAUCCAUCUUCAAAGUCCACUGAAAUCAAAUGGAAAUCUGGAAAGGACUUGACUAAACAUUCCAGUCAAACACAGAAUAAAGCCAGCAGGAAGAGGCAGCGUGAGGAACCAGAGAGCUUCUUUACCUGGUUUACUGACCAUUCUGAUGCAGGUGCAGAUGAAUUAGGAAAGGUCAUCAAAGAUGAUAUUUGGCCAAAUCCAUUACAGUACUACUUGGUUCCUGAUAUGGAUGAUGAAGAGGGGGAAGGAGAAGAUGACGAUGACGAUGAGGAAGAAGAAGGUUUGGAAGAUAUUGGUGAAGAAGGGGAUGAGGAUGAAGGUGAAGAAGAUGAAGAUGAUGAUGAAGGAGAGGAAGGAGAGGAGGAUGAAGGAGAAUAUGACUAACAGAACACUGAUGGAUUCCAACCUUCCUUUUUAAAAAUUUUCUCCAGUCCCUGGGAGCAAGUUGCAAUCUUUUUUUUUUUUCCUCUUGUGCUCAGUGGCCCUGUUCUUGAGGUCUCUUUUCUCUACACCAUGGUUCUCAACUUAUUUUGGGGGGAAAUACCUUGCAGAAUACAAUGGGAAAAGAAUCUCUACCCCUUUCUGUUCCAAAUUCAUUUUUAUCCCUUCCUAUCUCAACAAAAACUGUAUGGAUCGACACCACUGAGCUUUGUGGGAAAAAAGAAAAACCUGCUCCCUUCACUCUGCUGGAAGCUGGAGGGUGCUAGGCCCCUGUGCAGUAGUGCAUAGGAUUCUAGCUUUUUUCCUCCCUUCUCUAUAUAUUGGGCUAAGACAGUACACUGUGUCUCUAUGUGAAUAUGGACAGUUAGCAUUUACCAACAUGUAUCUGUCUACUUUGUCUUGUUCAAAAAAAGAAAAAAAAAACUU